UCGGGCUGACAGAGGCACCGGGCUGUGCCGGGGCUCUCUCGGGCUGACAGAGGCACCGGGCUGUGCCGGGGCUCCCUCGGGCUGACAGAGGCACCGGGCUGUGCCGGGGCUCUCUCGGGCUGCGGGGCUGUGGCAGCGGCAGGUACGUGCUGUGUGUACAGCGAUGCCCUCUCCAGCCUGGCGCAGCUGUAAUGGCUUUGCACCGCAUCCUUUGGUGCGGUGAGGUGUGAGCUCCGAGACACACGAAGGGAUUAAUUAGAAAGGCCAGGAGCUGACAAGGAGAGGGGCGAUAACCUGGUCUAAGGACGUUUGGGGUGAGUUUUGCCAGGGUUUCAUAGCUCUGUUGGUGGCUUCACCCACACUGAAAAAAAGUCUCGAUAGACACAGCUGUCCUGGAAAAUUUAAGAACCUCAGGCACUGAGGAAUUUUAGUGCCACUGGGAGCCUGUGUCUGUCCUAACAUGGAUCUGGUUCAGUCAGCCUCCCCAGACAUCACGGUCGCUCGGGGGUCCUUCAAGAAAGUGCCCAGUGUCCUGAGCAGCCUUGUGGAGGAACCUGAAAAAAGACAUGCUUAUGUCCCCAAUCACCUGCUGGAAUCAAAGAUUUAUUCAGAACGUCAGAGGAGCAGGGUUGUACAGGCUGAGCCUGCAGUGUUACACUAUGGAGGGUAUGAAGUUGGAAAACAUCACAAACAAAUGCUGAAGCUGAUAAAUAUUUCUACCAAUGCAGUAAACCUUCACAUAAUACCACCCCAGACAGUGUAUUUUCAGAUCAAAUACAACAAAACACACCGGCUUGUCCCUGGUCUGUCCCUUGUGGCUACUGUUGAUUUUUGCCCCGAUGAAUGGCGGUAUUACUAUGACUGCAUUCGAAUUCACUGUGAGGGAGAUGAUACAUUAGUUGUUCCCAUGCAUGCUUAUCCUACUGUGAAUGCUGUAGAAUUUCCAUCAUUUAUAAAUCUGUCUGAUGUAUCAAUUGGUCAGAGUAAGGAGUAUGUUAUCCCAUUGCAGUGCAGCUGUCCCAUCGAUUUUGAAUUCCACAUUGAUAUUAUUCAGCCUCACAGAGCCUUCACUGUCCAGCCAACAUUUGGAAUCAUUCCAGGCAAUGGGAAAACCAAAGUAACUGUGAAGUAUUCUCCACUUGAAUAUGGAACAGCACAAAUGGCAAUGCAGUUACGGAUUGCAGAGUUCCACUCAAAACCCUACGUGUGUGUAUUCACAGGAACAUCAAUACCACAUCUGGCCCUGAUAAAAGAACAUUUUGAUGAACAGCAAAGUUAUCCAGAGAAAAAAGCUGUGUCUGGAAAACCCGUGUUGUGGAGAAGAGACCAGUUCAGCCAACUGCAGAUGAAGCCUAUUCAAAAACUAAAGGAAAUUGAAUACCAGAACCUCAGAUUCCCCACAGACUUGUCAAAUCCGUAUGCUGUAGCUACUGUUUUGAUUCAGGAACCAGGCAAAUUGAAGUUAAAGGCCAUGAAAGAAGCCCUUUCCCAAGGCAAAGAAGGAAAAAAAACCAGACAGAUGAAGGAUGCAAUAUUUCAACUAAAAGUCAAACAGAAUGUUCAGGAAGACAAAGCAAAUAAUCUAAAGUGGCAAGUUCAUAAGGGAAGUGAUCCAAUCUCUGUGGAGUUUAAAAAAGAGAUUAUUGAAAGCCGGCAAAGGGAAGAAGAACAAUAUAAGCUCCAAAGAGGAGAUCCUGUCAUAGAACAGGAGUUUCAGAGGGAGGAAGUAAAAGUUUCCUUCAGACGUGUUACCCGGCAUGUUGACCAGCAACCAAGUGUCCAUCCCACAUUUGACUUGCUCCAAAAUGACCCUUGGGACAGAAGAAAGAGGAUGUUCAGGAAAUUCCAACAAGCAGCAUACAAGAUUUUGGUUCAGAUUCGUCUAAAUCGUUUAUUGCUUCUGUUCCGUGGACUGACCAGGGAGGCUGGAGGUCUGGAGGAAGGGUCUGUGACUGAAAGCAGGAGUUUCAGCAAAGCAGAGAAGAGUGAAGAACAUAAGGACUUUUCUUCCAGCAUAUCUGAAGAUCGUAUAUUGCCUUUUGAAUUCCCCUAUUACAGUUCCCAUGAACUACACAGUUGUUUGGCACCUGAUGCUCUUGGCCUAGUUCCUAUUGAAUCUGUAGACGUGCAAGUCGAACACAUUCUUCCUUUUUAUGACUUGAAGGUUCCUCAGCACUGCAACAUUAUGAAGUAUCAGCCAUUUUGUACACACUAUGCAGCUACAAAUUACAAACCUGUGAAACUUUCCCGCCCACUGAGGCAGGGAGCCCAGGAUGAAUUGACUCAAAUAGUUCCUUCUCCUGAGAGGCGGUUCUCUCAGAGGACAGAUUUUGACAAAGAAAAAGCAGAAGGGGAUAUCAGCCUGUUAAACCUGGUUCCUCCCCAGGCUUUAGUCCACCCAACAGAGGGCAACCCACUUCGCAUUUUUAACCCCAUUCCAGGAUUAGUUCCAUUUUUACGUCCUUUGGCCUAUUGUGAAUCAAAUACUGAAUAUCAUCUUUGUCCUCAUCCAAAAUAUACCGUUACCAAGGAAUGUUCCAAAGGAUCCAGUAUUCCAGCCACACAAAAGAAAUUUCUGGAUCACAAGGAGGUGAUUUGUGGAGUAAUGGAAUGGAGAAAAUUCUCACCACUGCAGUAUUCCACUUUUUCUAACAUUCCCACAUUGACAAAUACAGCUCUUAGGGAUCCUUACAGUUUAGAUAUGCUUCCAAGAGAUGUACCACCAGUGCUGCAUGACUUACCUGAGAGAGACAAAGAGAACAUAACUGACCAUGAGAGAGAUGAAGCUGAGUUCAACAUGAUUCUUACUCCAGAGAUGGUGAAAGCUGAAUUUCCACAGGUUGAGGGGACACUCUCAGUAGAAGAAUUAAUAAAAAGAGAAAGAUACCCACACAAUGGCCCAGAUGGACAUUUUCAACUCCAGAAACACGGGCUCAGAGAGAAAGUUCGGAAACACAUGGAGACAUUGAAGGAGAAAGCACUUAAUAAAACCCUUAUUCUGGGAUAUGAGUAAUUUUACAAAGUCCAUGGCUUGUUCUGCUUAUCCUGUUAAUGUGUGAGGCCUUCCCUGUCCCAGCUACGUUUACUUUUGUUAAGUGAGGUCAGCAACUUUUUAUGCAAAGAGAAGAGAACCACCAGUAUUGCCACCUCUGUCAAGGACUCUCACUGUGCCCACUACCCCAAAUGCAAUAAAUACUCCAGUGAGAAAA